GUGGCCAUUCGAUGGUAGAGCUCAGUCCAAAGGAGGCAUCCGGCGAAUGCGUUUCGCCUUCCAUAAUUUCGAACUUCGAAUAAACCGCGAAUUGAGUUCCAUCGCCCCAAAGUGUGCGCUGUCUUAUCGAGCAGGCAAUUGGCUGGCCCAGCGAUCACAGGUUGCACAACCCCCAACAAAUUAGCCGGAAUUCCAAAUAUCCCCGCCGAAGGAACACCAUAUCAUCAAGAUGGCGGGCUUGGGCACUGGCUUUUCCAAGUGCUUCAUACUCUUCAUGGCGAUUGUCAUACUCGCCCAGGGAGUCGUGUAUUUGGGCUUGUCUAUCUGGGGCAUCACCUUCCGGGAAUGUCCGGAUGGGGUUACUGACUUCAGCGAAAAUCCCUUCAAGUAUGCUAUGGAACUGAUUUAUUUUACAGAAAAGGAAUGUGGUGAUCCGGUGCUGAAGGUAAACGAUGUGCAUGUUGAUUUGUCCAUCGAUUGGAAAAAGUCAUAUGCCGUGACCAACAGGGAAUUCAUUUUCAUGAUAACCUAUGCGGUGGUUAGUGGCCUUUGGGUAGCCACUUCUGUAUUGAUCAUAACCACCUUGUGCAAUCGCACCACCAAGCUGAUCUCGGGCGCAAUCUAUUGGCCCUGGUUUCUGUCCGUUCUCGCAGGCUCUAUCCUCGAUGUGGUGGCCUCAGUGUAUCAUGGACUCGACUUAAGCCAUACUAUGUCCAUGCAAGACGCGUUUGAUUACAUCGGAAUAACGUAUGACCCUACCAAUGCAAUUUGGGUCUUGAUGGAGCCUUUCGGUGUCUACUUUUCGACGCCUUCGCUUGUGUUGCUGUUAUUGACCACCCGAGUGGGUAUCAUCUGGCUGCUGAACAUCAUUGGAGCUAGUUUCUGUCUGUCCCUGUCGGGCAUAAUGGCUCAGCAGAAUGCGGCCAAGUCCGCUGUGAGCAGGAGUCAGGCUCCCACUCGCCAAGCGACGCCACAACCUGUGCCUGCUUUGGUGCAACCGGUGGUGGAGGCCACUCUCGUGGAGGCCAUCGAGCCCUCGGCUCCGCUGGACAGCCCUCAGUAUCCGGAGCAGAUUCGCCCCAAGCCGCUGCCCAUUUUCAUUCCCACGGAGCAGAGUGCGCAGCAGUAUUCUCCCGGAGAUCGCACCACUUUGCAGUCGCCGGUGAUGGUGCUGCCACCGCAAGGGUCGCAGCAAAGGGAUGUGGUCUCCCCGCAGCCCGAUAUCAAUACCUAUCGCCACACCGAGGCUCAUCCGGAUCGCCUCAACUAUCCGCCAUCGGAGCCACCAACGCCACGAGCUCCUUCGCCGGCUGUCCAACAAUUGGCCGUGACCUCGCCACUCAACAAUCGCUACAGCGAGAUGUAUCCCGCUCCAGUUAAUCCACGUGUCAGCGAGGAGCUGCGCAACCAGAUGCCUUGGUCUUACACCAGCAUGGUGACCAAACCUCCACCGCCGCCACGCAAGCCGCAACUGCAGGUGCAGAUCUAUCCGCAGAUCCCCGAACCCGACUAUGCGGAUCACUAGUCGAUGAAAUGUAUGUGGUGGAGGAGCAGCUCGGACCUGAUUUGGCUUUAAUCAGAUGCCUGGAUGCGCGGUUGUGAAAUGUUUUGUGUUAUUGUUGACUUUAUUGCAUAAAGCUAAAGCUGAUGGCCAACUUAAA